GCGUCCUGAUUUGGUGGCUACUGAGCUGAUCUUUGUGCGAACGAAGCGCAGCCGCGGUCGCAGUUAGCAACAAGAGCAAAAACACGCAGAGGAGGAGAAAAGAGACGCGAAUAGCGGCAGUGGAACUGAUCCCAUAGGAAAAAAGAACAACGAGAGAAGGCAAACACAGAGUUUACCAGCCAUCACGACACAUUUUACCAUGGUCAUCUUGUAAGAAGUGCCCAAGCUUUUAGGUGGAGGAGUGGCAGACAGCGCCACCCUGCUGUUGCUGAGUGGGAUUUCCUCCCAUCUCAGAACACUUCAGACCAUCUUCCUGACCCACUGCCACCACCGCCACCUGAUGGACUGCACACUCUGAGAGCAGAGAACGUCAGCACAGAAAUCAUCUGAGGAGAGGAGGCGAGGGGAGGACCCUCGGCGGAGCAGGAACGGGAGGGCACUGAGGGAGGAGGAGGAGGAAGCCAGGUGAAGACAAUGUCCUCCAACAGGACCCAGAACCCCCAUGGACUGAAACAGAUAGGCCUGGACCAGAUAUGGGACGACCUGCGGGCUGGCAUCCAGCAGGUGUACACGCGGCAAAGCAUGGCCAAGUCGCGCUACAUGGAACUGUACACACAUGUAUAUAACUAUUGCACCAGUGUCCACCAGUCCAGCCAUGCCCGGGGCUCAGGGCCUCCUGCCAAACCCUCCAAAAAGUCCACCACUCCAGGGGGCGCUCAGUUUGUGGGCCUGGAGCUCUACAAACGCCUCAAGGAGUUUUUGAAGAACUAUUUGACCAGCCUGUUAAAGGACGGCGAGGACUUAAUGGAUGAGUGCGUUCUCAAAUUUUACACCCAGCAGUGGGAGGACUAUCGUUUCUCUAGUAAGGUCCUCAACGGGAUCUGUGCCUACCUCAACCGCCACUGGGUCAGACGGGAGUGUGACGAAGGACGCAAGGGCAUUUAUGAGAUCUACUCUCUGGCACUUGUGACUUGGAGAGAGUGUUUAUUCCGACCCCUCAACAAACAGGUGACAAAUGCAGUGUUGAAGCUGAUAGAGAGAGAGAGGAACGGUGAGACCAUUAACACCAGACUGAUCAGCGGCGUGGUUCAGUCUUACGUGGAGCUGGGCCUGAACGAGGAGGACGCCUUUGCCAAAGGCCCGACACUGUCCGUCUACAAAGAGUACUUCGAGUGUCAGUUCCUCACCGACACGGAGCGCUUCUACACACGAGAGAGCACAGAGUUCCUGCAGCAGAACCCUGUCACUGAGUACAUGAAGAAGGCUGAGGCUCGGCUGCUGGAGGAGCAGCGGCGCGUCCAAGUUUACCUCCACGAAUCCACCCAGGACGAGCUGGCACGCAAGUGUGAGCAGGUCCUCAUCGAGAAACAUCUGGAGAUCUUCCACACGGAAUUUCAGAACCUUUUGGACGCUGACAAGAACGAAGAUCUGGGGCGCAUGUACAACCUCGUGUCACGGAUCACGGACGGUCUUGGUGAGCUGAAGAAGCUUCUGGAGACACACAUCCACAACCAAGGCUUGGCUGCCUUUGAGAAGUGGGGGGAGGGGGGGCGGAAGAACGAUCCUAAAGUGUACGUUCAGACCACGCUGGACGUCCAUAAGAAAUACAACGCCUUAGUCAUGUCUGCCUUCAACAACGACGCCGGCUUUGUGGCUGCAUUGGAUAAAGCGUGCGGUCGAUUCAUCAACAACAACGCCGUCACCAGAAUGGCUCAGUCCUCCAGCAAAUCCCCCGAGCUGCUCGCCAGAUACUGCGAUUCUCUACUGAAGAAGAGCUCUAAAAAUCCAGAAGAGGCCGAACUGGAGGACACACUCAACCAAGUGAUGGUUGUGUUCAAAUACAUUGAGGACAAAGACGUUUUCCAAAAGUUUUACGCUAAGAUGUUAGCCAAACGUCUGGUCCAUCAGAACAGCGCCAGUGAUGACGCCGAGGCCAGCAUGAUCUCCAAACUCAAGCAAGCCUGUGGCUUUGAAUACACGUCCAAACUGCAGAGAAUGUUCCAGGACAUCGGCGUCAGUAAAGACCUAAAUGAACAGUUCAAGAAACACCUGACCAACUCUGAGCCUUUGGACUUGGACUUCAGUAUCCAGGUUCUAAGCUCUGGGUCGUGGCCUUUCCAGCAGUCCUGCACCUUUGCUCUGCCCUCAGAGCUGGAGCGAAGUUAUCAGCGUUUCACCGCCUUCUACGCCAGCAGACACAGUGGCAGGAAGUUGACUUGGCUCUAUCACCUGUCCAAAGGAGAGCUGGUCACCAACUGCUUCAAGAACAGGUACACACUGCAGGCCUCCACCUUCCAGAUGGCCAUCCUGCUGCAGUACAACACGGAGGACAGUUACACUGUGCAGCAGCUCACAGACAGCACUCAGAUCAAAACUGAUAUUCUGGUUCAGGUUCUGCAAAUUUUGUUAAAGUCAAAGCUGCUGGUGUUGGAGGACGAGAACGCCAACGUGGAUGAGGUGGAGUUCAAACCUGACACCGUCAUCAAACUUUUCCUAGGAUACAAGAAUAAGAAGCUGAGGGUGAACAUCAACGUCCCCAUGAAGACGGAGCAGAAACAGGAGCAGGAGACGACUCACAAGAACAUCGAGGAGGACAGAAAGCUUCUUAUUCAGGCGGCCAUUGUCAGGAUUAUGAAGAUGAGGAAAGUCCUGAAACAUCAGCAGCUUCUGGCUGAAGUUCUCAACCAGCUGUCAUCACGAUUCAAACCCAGAGUCCCCGUCAUUAAGAAAUGCAUUGACAUCCUGAUAGAAAAGGAGUAUCUGGAGCGAGUGGACGGGGAGAAGGACACAUACAGCUACCUGGCUUAAGCUCCGCCCAACUCCCCUUCCUUCUUCAUUGCCCCGCCCACCUCAUUUUUAUUUGAUUUGAUUUGUUUCUUUUUUUUAAUGUCUGAGUAAAUAAAGUGUGGAUCCCUCUGAUCGGCGGACAUUUGUGAGUGUGUCGCCGAUCGCCAGAUCACUCUGUCGACCUGAGUGAGAGUGCAAAAGAGAGAAAGCAAAAACAGUGGGCGUGCCGUUUCUGCCUCGCCCCCUGCUGUUGAGACGGGGAAAUCUGGUCUCCAGGCGCUGGCCCUCAGCAGAACUCGGACACACUUUCUGUUGUAAUACUGUAAAUAACCAGACUCUAAAACAGAGAAGACAGUGAAAUCUGAUCUCACGUCUUUAUUUACAUAGCGCUAAAUGUAAUGACGUAGCCAAUCAGAGGAGAGACGCAUCCGAAGGUUUUUGCAUGCUACUGCCCCCCAGCGCCACUGCAAACAUGUUUAAAUGAAAACAAAAAAAGAAAUCGUAAUAUCCGUUGAAUCGGAGGUCGGCCGAACGCAGUCCACUGCACGACAUGCCACCAAAUCCACGCCCAGUCUUGACUUUGAAUCCCCAGGAGGUGGUGCUGCUGUCACUGCUUCUCCUGCGGAAGGUUGUGUCAGUGUUUGGUUGGAGGUCGCCGGGUUUCACGCUGAACACCCGAUGACGCUGGACAUUUGUAUAGUGUGGUUCAUUUUCUAAAUGUGUGAUAAAUAAAACCAAGGAAAGAUUUCUGUAAAAAUGGACUCCCUUGAUGUUUAUAAGGAAAAUACCAAAAUGAUACCAAAUGUGUGCAAUUGUGGUACUGCUGCCCCCCACUGUUGUUGUGCAGAAUUACAUUACAAAGAUGGUGCCUGAGGUUCAUAUCAAGUGUUUGUUGUCCAUAAACAUAAUCAAGGGAAAUGUUAAAGUCCAAAUUCUUGGCAACAGAUAAAACAUUGUUGAAUGUAUGGAAGUACAAGGAAUAAAAAUGUAGGUUCAGGAUUUUAUUGAUACAGUUCACUGUUUGGAUAAAGACUAUAGUUAGUAAAACACUGCACUGAACGCCAUUGUUAAAAAUCAGUGCAUCUGUUGUCAAAUGAUGUCCAACAGUAAAAGUUCCAGCAAACGUGUGAUAUACUGAAGAAAACAAUUGAAUUGUUUAUUAACUUUUAUCACUUAACAACAAAAAUAAACAUACAAAGUCCAGAUACAAAAUCAGCACCAGUAACAUCGGAGGAAACCGUGGUCCAGAGGAGGAAGAAAAUUAAACACAGUUGUUUAAUCUGGUCAGAAAACCAUAAAUAAACCUGCAGCACAGAAAGGCUCAACACGUGUCACCUUCACAUCCCCGAAAAAAAAAAAUUCACAAGUUUGUUUUUAAAGAAGCAGCUAUAAUGAAGAGCAUGGCCAGGAGGUGUUCAGCUCGUUACCAAACACCAAUACAAACCAAAUCAAAUAAAUGGACUGAUGGAUCUAGACUUUGAUGACAUCAUACUAAUGUGUAUUUGCACCAAUCGUGUUGAACUUAUUCAUGUAAAUUAUUAGUUUUUUUUUCUCUACCUUUCUCUGCUUAAUUUUUUUGCAUAAACAGACAAACUUUAGAAAGACCUGAUUAGAUGACACAGGUCUCACUAUUUUAUGAUUUAUAUUUUAGGGGGGAAUUGACUGCAGAAUGCAACUGAGCUUUUCAAAAUACCUCCUUCCAAGUGCCUCCGGAGGGAGCCACAUAAUUUGAGUCACCCAAGGAAAUUUUAUAUUAAAAAAGCUGCUUCCAUUAAAUGUUGGUUUUACUCAAAA